AUGAGAGAGUUCUUUAGUUACAGAAUACAAGACAGAGCCAACCAAUUUUCGUUGUUACUCAAUGCCCAAAGGCUAUUCCAACAGUUUGUGGUUGAUGCGUAUACAAUGAUAGAAUCUGCACGGUUAGCUUACAUAAAGACACAACAACCCAAACUUAGAAGUCAAACAUUUAAGAAUUUAAAUCAAAGUGUUCAAAGUGGCCAAAGCGAUGCGUCAAAUUGUGGAAAACGAAUUUUGUUGCCAUCUUCAUUUACCGGUGGAGCGAGAUAUAUGAUGCAAAAGUAUCUAGAUGCUAUGGCAAUCUGCAAAGUUGUAGGAUAUCCGGAUCUCUUCAUAACAGUCACUUGUAAUCCCAAUUGGCCUGAGAUUUAUAGAUGUUUAAAAGACAAACAGUUGAACCCUCAAGAUAGACCGGAUAUUAUCGCACGGUUAUUCAAAAUUAAAAUCAAUCAUCUAAUUCAAGAUUUCAAGAAACAUAAAUUCUUUGGUGAGAUACAAGCAAUUAUUUAUACAAUCGAAUUUCAGAAACGUGGUCUACCUCAUGCUCAUAUAUGUUUGUUCUUAAGUGCCGAGAGCAAAUUUCCAACAGCUAAAGAAAUCGAUUUCGUUAUUAGUGCUGAAAUACCUGACAAAGAGAUGGAUGCUUCACUGUUUGUGGUUCCGUACAAUGCUAUGCUACUCAAAAAGUAUCAGUGCCACAUAAAUGUUGAGUGGUGUAACCAAACAGGAUCCAUCAAAUAUCUCUUCAAAUACAUUAAUAAGGGUCCGGAUAGAGUGAUAGCUUCUGUUUACGAAAGUACCUCCACUACUAAUGUGAACCCUCAAAACAAGGAAAUGACAAAUAAUGAAAAUCUCUCAAACGAAACAGAAGUAGAUGAAGUUAAAGCAUAUUUUGAUUGUAGAUAUAUUUCAGCGUGUGAAGCUGCUUGGAGAAUAUUUAAGUUUGACAUACACUAUCGGCAUCCAUCUGUUGAAAUAUUACCUUUUCACUGUGAGGAUGGUCAGGCUAUUGUUUAUGACGAUAAUUCAAACUUGUGUGACGUGGUCAGUAACCCAACUGUGAAAAAGUCUAUGUUCACAGAAUGGAUGAAAUGUAAUCAAACGGAUGCAUUUGCUAGAACUUUGAAGUAUAUAGAGUUUCCCAGAUACUUUGUAUGGAUACGCAAAACACGAAAGUGGGUACGUAGAAAAAAACCUUUUGGUGCAGUUGGUAGGAUACAUUAUGUACCUCCAUCAAUUGGUGAUUGUUAUUUCUUGAGAAUUUUAUUGAAUCACGUUAUAGGACCAAUGAGUUUCAAUGAUAUAAAAACAGUUGAUGGAAAAAUAUAUCAUACUUUUAAAGAUGCAUGUUUCGCUCGCGGUCUGUUAGACGAUGAUAAGGAGUAUUUAAUGGCCAUUAAUGAAGCAAGUGCAUGGGCUACUUCUGAUUUCUUGCGCCGGAUAUUUUCUAGGAAGGAAACAAAAUCUCUAUUAUGUGAAGAUAUAUUAUAUCAGCAACGGAGGAUUACUGGUAUUCCUGAUUUGGUUCUUAAAGAGGAAGAGAUUGAAAACAUUUGCUUAACACAUAUCGAAAAACUGUUACUUGGUUAUGGAAGUACGUUAAGCAACUUUACUGACAUGACAAAUGUUCCUGACAACUACACUUUAGGAUUGAACAAUCAAUUGAUAAUGAAGGAACUUUCGUAUGAUCGGGCUAUCUUAAAAAAGGAAGUUGCAGCUUCCCUAAAAUCUUUAACUGAUGAACAGCGAAAAGUGUAUCAAACUGUCAUGAAUGCAGUUGUUAAAGGAAGUGGAGGAGUUUUCUUUCUAUAUGGUUACGGUGGAACUGGUAAAACAUUUCUGUGGAAAACCUUUGCAGCUGUGUUACGUUCCAAUGGUGAAGUUGUGUUGAAUGUAGCAUCCAGUGGUAUUGCAUCACUUCUAUUAGAUGGUGGUAGAACGGCUCAUUCCAGGUUUGUAAUUCCGAUAAAUGUUAACGAGGAUUCUAUAUGCUCUAUUGAACCAAACAGUGAGCUAGGAGGCUUAAUCAAACAAACUAAGAUGAUAAUCUGGGAUGAAGCGCCAAUGACACAUAAGCAUUGCUUUGAAGCUCUGGAUAGAACAAUGAGAGAUAUAGCCCGUUCCAAUAAUCUGUCCUUGCAGAACAAACCUUUUGGUGGAAAGAUUGUGCUUUUUUGCGGUGAUUUUAGACAAAUCCUUCCAGUCAUUCCAAAAGGUACCAGAAGCAUGAUUGGCAGGAUUGUCAGUUACUCAAGUUAA